AUGAUUGAUGCACUCCUUUCAGAAUUCUACGAGGCGCUGUAUGGUCGUCCAUUGACCGAGCCGGAUGACGCACAGGAUGUCGAGAAUAUCCUCACUUGCAUUAGAGUCGGGCGCGGAAUUCCUGACGAUGGAGAUGACGAUCAACUACGGGAAGCGGGCUUGGAAAAAAUCCGAAUGACAUUUGGUAUCAUGGCACGCAAUUCACGCAAUAGUUUGGCUGUGUUGACCAAGAUCAAGCUUUAUGACAACCCUUUUCGAUUCUUCUAUGAGCUCCUUCAGAAUGCGGACGACGCCCGCUACGUUCAAUGUGUCGAUGACCCUACCAUUAAGUUUAUCGUCUCUCAAACAGAACUUAUUGUCGACCUCAACGAAGACGGCUUCUCCUUGUUGGACGUGCUCGCAAUCUGUAGCAUUGGUGAAAGCUCCAAGACACUUGAUCAGAACUCCACUGGAGACAAGGGUUUUGGUUUCAAAUCUAUUUUUGGAGUCACAGACAAAGUGCACAUUACCUCAGGAAUGUGGUCUUUUCGCUUCCAGCAUCAACGGGAGGAGGAUGGAAUCGGCAUGAUUCAGCCCUACUGGGAGCCUGGCGAACAACUGCCAGAAGAUGUUCGUACCCGAUUCCGCCUUCGACUUUCGUUCAGCGAAAAUGACGGACUGGAGACUCUUUGCGCCCAGAUGAGACAUUUGCAGCCAAGUAUUAUGUUUGCUUUGCGCCGAAUCAAGAAGCUUUCAGUCCGCUUCGAGCUUGGUCCGGCCGGAAACGGGACGCUCUCUUUCGAAAAGUCUGUCGAUAUGGACGGAGAUAUUAUGACGAUCGUUUCCCGAAAGGAUGCACAAGCCGAGAAGCACUUCUACCGGGUCUUCAACGAAGAAGCGUCGGACAUGCCCCGACACGUCGAGCGCACCGAGACAACCUCUAAUGUCACAAUUGGUCUGCCAAUCUCAGCCCAAAACGAUGGCUCCCCGCUCCUCAGUGAAACAGGUCAAUUUGUCUUUGCAUUUCUGCCUAUCGUGCAGAUAAGAGAGCUCCCUUUUCUGGUGCAUGCAGACUUUAUCCUGACGGAUAGUAGGCAAGCCAUUUCGGACAACGCGUGGAAUAAAGCUUUAAGGAACAAGAUUGCGGCCCUAUUCUGCACGCUUGCAAAUAGAUUGGCUCUUGAAAAAAAGUAA